UCUCCCCCCACACCCAAGAUAGACAUCGCCUCCCCCUCCUCCCCAGCUAUGGAUGUAGCGUACGAUCACAUCCAGGAGGAGAUCUUCUCCUCCAACGACUCCUCGAAGAAGGAAAGCGCCCAGAACGAGCCCUCCCAACCCGAACGCCCGAACGUCGACCUCAACUCCGAGCUCCAGGAAACAUUCCGCGCCUUCUCCGCCAGCCCCUGGGGCGCCCGCAUCGGCGGUCUCUGGGACAAUGUCCGCAAGCAGGGCGAGAGCUACUACGAGGGAGCCCGACAGGAAUACGCCGCGGCGAGUGAGGAAGCCGUCAAGGGGUUGUCCGACCUGAAGAGCAGCAUUGUCGGGCGCACUCGGGGUCUGUCCCUGAGCACGGCAUUCAACCCGGCGGGAACCGACAAGAGCAAAGACGACAACUCCACACCGCGAGCAUCUCAGGAAGAGGGCAAGGACGCCCUCGAGGGCGAGACAUCCGGCGAGAAGAGUGGCAAUGGUGGUGGUGAUGCGGGGCCUUCAGGAUCAAACGAGGGGUUCCUGUCACGCUUCAAGGCGGAAGCGGCCCGACGACUCAAGGAGAUCGAGAAGGCGGAGGAAGCGGCCGACGAAGCCAUCCUCCGGUUUGGAAUGAACAUCGGCCAGAAGCUGCGCGAUGCCGUGAGCAUUGUGCCUCCGGGCUCGGAGUCGUCCAACAAGCUUCUGUUCGAGAGUAAGGAUGCCGAUGGCAAGCGGGUCAUCCAUGCUACGCGCUUCGAGGCCCAGCUGCACGUUAUCCAUUCCAAUCUGGACAGCUUCACCAAGGAUCCCGUCAGCGAUGAAUGGGCGGCGUUCGAGAAGUCUUUCAAUGUAGAGGGUAAGACCGAUGCCAUCGCCGCCGAUCUGGAGAAGUACCCGGAGCUGCGCUCUGCGAUGGAGAAGCUUGUUCCGGAGCAAGUUGAAUACGCGACUUUCUGGUCUCGGUACUAUUUCCUUCGUCUGGUUAUUGAGACUGAGGAGCAGAAGCGUAAGGAGCUUCUUAAGGAUGUCAACGUCGACGAAGAAGAAGUGAAAUGGGACGACGACGAUUCCGACGACGACACCGACUCCCCCUCCACCCCCCAGGUCAAAUCCACCACCCAGACCGACACCCAGACCCCCACUGCUCCCGCCACCGAUAAGGAUGCGUCCAAGACCACCGAACCCCGCCGAUCCAACGACCAGCAAUCCCAGCCCGACAGCGAAUCCAGCUACGACCUCGUCAGCGGCGCCACCAGUCGCACCCCCGCCAGCCCCAAGGAGAAGCCCAAGGACGAGGACAGCGACGACGACUGGGAGUAGAUAGACUAACUAACUAACUAAUGGUUCGAGGUCGCAAGUCCGAUCCGUUCAGAUCGGAUCGGAUUCUCCCCAGUGAUCGACCGUCGUUAUAUCGGUCUUUCGCCCUGACCGCUGGCUGGUCCGAGAGAUUUUCUGGUCUGGUGCAAGGUGUUCUGGUGUCUUUUGCCCCUUCUUCGGCGUUAGGAUUACAUCUUUGUUUCCUCCUUCUUUCUCUUCCUCUUUCUGCUUUUGUAGUACUCGCGAGUAAUCAGCAGUGCUCUCAUACCAUCGAUCCCUUUCUGUCACUGGUCGUAUGAAAUCCAUUCACCCUCUGCUGUGGUGCUCCGGAUAUGUUUCAAUGUUAAUUCGCUGGGGUGCGUUACUACUAGUAGAUUGGUCGAUUGCAAACCGCGAGGCAUGUGGUCUCUGAUAUACAGCCCAAGUCUAUUCUCACACGUGCGUUAUACAACACACACAUGAUAAAGUAUUAUCAUUUCCCAUGUACAG